ACCUGAAAAUGACGAAUAAAAGAGAUAAAUUAAACAAAGAUUCAGGGCGUGGCACACCUGUCAAGAAAACUCGCAAAAACCUUGCAAACGCUACUCAAACUCCACCGUUGGCCGGCGCGUCGUCGUCUGUUCCAGAGGAGGCCACGGAAGUUGCCCAGGGAUUGAGAAAAACCAAUCAUGGUGUUAUUUUUCAAUUGAAACUUUUGAUGCUCUUCUUGAUACGAGGAAUCCGGGCCGGUCACGCAUUCCGACUGGGCACCGAAAUGGAAGAUAUCGGAGGUAAAUUUGAUGAUAUAAUUUUCCAAUAUGAAGUCGACGAUGGUGGCAAACGGCAAGUUAACAGAUACCUGCAGGCAAAACACAAACAAGACGAGUCGACUAAAAUAACGGCAGGGCAGUUGUUCAACGAAACAGAAGGCGAUUUCAGUCUGUUGAAAUACUUCAGCUCGUAUUGCGGCAUACUAUCACGAGGGGAUGACAUCCAGGACUGCAUUAUAUGCACCAACAUUGGCUUCAACUCGGAAAAUCUCCUAAAGAAAGAAAUUCAAUUGAUAACUGUCAACACUGACGAUGAAAUGUUCAAGUUUAGAAGACAUCCAGUUGCCCGUUACAAGAUCGAAAUUGAUCCAGGUCACGCCUUUUGGGGAAAAUUGCGACAAGUAAAUGUUGAAGAACCUGCUACAAAGUUGAAAAGGAAUGCAACCGAUAACGAGAUUAACAGUUUCUUCGACAAACUCGUCUUUGUCGUCAACACGCCCAACGAGGUCCAUUUGGGAAAUUUACUUACUGAGGAAGUCGGAGAAUAUUACAAACUGAACAAAGCAGAUUUCCAGUCGGAUUUUAUUCUUAGAAACAUGUUGGAUUGGUUCAAGCUGAAAAAAUCUGAAUUUUUGACAUCGAAACAAGGACAGGAGAUAUUACAUCAAGGCGAACAAAAAUUGACUUCGUUACGUAUGACGUCUGUUUCAAUCAAUUACCAAACGAAACUGCAAGAAGCGAUAGAAUUCAAUGCUGUUGCAAUUGAUGAAAUGACAGAAAAGUUGAAGACGCUGUUGGAUUCACCAAACAAAAUCGAGCGAAUUAGAACUGCGUUUCCCAAACGCACUGCAGUGAAAGUAAGCGCAGCGCUGAAAACACUCGAAAAAUUCAAACGGGACGAUAGCUACUUGAUGUCAUCAUCCAAAGGGUUAAAAACCACUUCUGCGAGCAACAAGGAUGCAUUUAAAUUAGAACAUCAACUUCUCGUUGUCGUUUGCAAAGACGGCCAUGCGGAACAUGACAGUUACUACGAAAACCUAAUCGGGGACAAUCAAACGCGACUAACAAAUAAAAAAGUGAUCAUUUUAUGUCACGAUGUCGUUGAAACACGAGACGAUCUCAAGUUCACACAAUUAAGUGACAACUGCAUGGAAAAAUUACUUGAUAAAGAAGUUUCGUUUCAAGGAACAGUUCAAACUGUGCGUAAACUAACUAAAAUUGGUAACCGAGAAGAGGUCAUCGACGAUAAUUCCAUGGAGGAAUUGCUAGUGGGCAAGAAAGUUGUCAACAUUCCUUUACAUGAUUUCGUCCCAGCAUUUGACGAAGAACUCUACAUCGAAAGAGAAAUAAUCUUACCGUUCGAUGAUACGUUUUUUUACGAACUAGUGGAUGAAACCUAUUGCACCAAAGACGAACUGCUUGGAAAGUUGAGGGUCACAGUAGAAAACAAUAUCGAAUGGUUCGUAGACGAUCGAGAAAAACAAGAAUUAUGGCUUAAAAUAAAAAAAAUUUUUGAGAAGAGACGUCAUUCGACUGACUCUGCAUGGCUGGAUAACAGAAUCCCUGAAAAAGACUUAACACCUUUAGAAGAAUGGGAGAAUCGGGUAGUCGUUGUAUCAGAUGUUGCCGGGACUGGAAAAUCCACCAUGUUGUCAAAUUACUACAGGAAAAUGAGAAACGAGAAACCGGAUAACUGGAUUAUCAAAAUGGAUUUGGUUGAUCAUAUUGGAGCCCUGCGUCAGUUUAAUUCGGAUGAGGUUGAUCAGAAGGUAGAAGCAAUCAAAUUUUUUAUCGCAAAUAUACCUAACGUGAGAGAAAGUCCUUUUGCCCAGUCUUUGCUGAGGCACAAGUUGCAGACGGGAGAUGGGAUUGUUGUCAUGCUGGACGGAUUUGACGAGAUCCCCAUCCAGUGUCAGGACAAAUGCAUUUCCUUGAUUGAAGCAAUCAGAUUAACGAAUUUAAAUGCACUUUACAUAACUACCCGACCACACUUGAACAGAAAACUCCAAGAUUCAUUGUUCCAGCUUGCCUAUACCUUGAGAGAUUUCAGUCAAGAAGAUCAAAUCAAUUACCUUUCUGGAUAUUGGAAGAAGCAAUUGAAAGUGGAUGCGGAUGCAGAAGUAAGAUCCAUUGCAACAUCCAUCGUUGAACGUUUGUCAAAAAGCUUAAAAGGCAACGAAAGAUCUUUUAUCGGAAUCCCGUUACAGUGUCACAUUGUCGCAGACUGCUUCGAGUCGCAAGUUGACGACAUCAUUCAAAACGGAUGCAAAUUAAAUGCACUUCUUAAAGAUCUUGACUCCAAUUUAAACCUGGACACCUUGUACGGGCGACUGUUCAAGAAAAAGCGUGAAAUUUAUCGACAAGAGAAAGCCAAAGUGCAGCAAGUGAACAAUCACAUUCUUCAUAAUUCACUAGAAGACCACAUGGAAUGUUUAGAGAUUUACCUAAGAGACUUGGCUGUAAAGACAAUCGUCUCCGAUCAGACGCACAUUGAUUGUCUUUUGGGUAAAUCCAAUGAGUCUGCAGCCACAAUUGAAAAGCAAUAUAAGAAACGAGAAGAAGGGAGCGUUUGUUUUGGCUUGUUAACGCUAAACAGGAAAGGUGAAUUUCAAUUUUUGCAUCGAACCUACGCCGAGUACUUGAUGGCCAAUUACCUGUACGGAGGAUUUCGUCUUGAUGAGGAUCUUCGCAACAAGCUUCUGGAUGAGAAACCAACCAGAGAGUUGAUCGGUUCAGAAAUCUUGGUUGGUUUGCAAUACCAAGGUGUUCAACUCUUCAUUGAUUGCAUGCUGCACGAGAUGGUCAAUCAUGAAAAAUGGCGUACUAUAACCGAUCCGAUGCCGAAAUCCGAAUUACCCGAAAAUUUCACGCAUCUCACCAACGACUUUUAUCGUGUCUUCAUAGAAAAAGGUUCCCAGGAAAACGCUGUGACUGUUGCUAUCGAAAGAUACCACGCCAAUAUAUUUGAAUUAUUUAGUCGAUUUAUAGAUUUGACUAUUGAUAAAAGUGAGAUUCUAAAGCUGAUAAAACCACUUUUCAAACAGUCGGACUUGGACGUUUUCCUGGCUUCAUCCGGGCCUAAUUUUCUAACAUUCUUUUAUGAACGGAAGCAUGAUGGACUCCAACGAUUUAUUGAUUGGCAUGACGGAUCAGAAGAAAAUAACAUCUAUCCUAUGAUACAAGCAAUACAUGAGUAUGCGCCAAAUCUUAAAUUGCACGAGUCUCGCCUAAGCCAGGAAGAAAACAAGAUUUUUUUUUCUCCAUUACUUGACUUCAUGAUUAAACACCAGAAAAUUGUGCAAGAUGAAAUGACACGACUGCGCAAACAAUUUCCCCGCUUCAUGUUUUCUAACUGGCACAAACUGCUAAUUUUUUUCCUCAACCACGAAUGUUACAAGAGUCUUUUGAAACCCCUCUUCCAACUAGUGUUACGUACAGCUGGUGACGUUGCACUAGUGCAAGUUGUGAACGAGGCGUUUACGUUAGAUGAAGAUGUCUUCAAACAAGCUGAAGUUGAGAAACUGGCAAAUGCCUUAAGAGAAAUGGAGCUAACUAACGUCCUAAUUCAACUACCGUGGAAAAUGUUUGUUUCAGCACCCAAUCGCUUACAAUGGGUUUACAAUUAUCACCAUCAAAAUGCCAAAAGCAAGUGGCUACCGGAAAAAAAUUCGCUCGUGAUGACCGAGUUGCACAACGUGACCUAUCAAGGCGAAACGAAAAACCUUCAAGUUAUACUCGAAACAGUCUCACGAGAUUUGCUUUCUAAUGUUCCGGAAACAAAGAAAGCAGCCGAAGGAAUUGUUCAUUACAUGACGUACAGAUACGGAACUAAUCCUUACACGUUAGCUUACCUGGCAGCCGUUUACGGCCAAGAAGAAAUGUUUCGUGUAAUGCUGCAAUUUGUGAAAGAGGUUCUUCCUGAUGACGAGCUGCAGACUGCAUUAAUCAGCAAAAAUGGAUUUCUUCACGGUGCUUUCUGGGAUGCUAUGACAAGUGGGAAAAUUGAAACGUUACAGUUAAUCAUGAAGGCUGUUAAAGAAAUUAUGGGACCAGAAUCACAGUUGACCCUUGUGAAAUCCAUGCGUUCAGCAAUUGUUAAACACUCCCGUUUGAUAAACAUUCUGGCCAAGACAAUGACUGAGGAUGAUCCUGUUGGGUUCGAGUUUUUUAAUACACUGAUUUUCCACGAUGAGAGGAACCUUAACGCACUGGAACACAUCGAUGCACAAUUUCUUUCCAAGUCGAUUUCUGCCGAAGGACGUGUCAACUGGAUGAAACGUCUUUUAGAUGCCGCAAUAAAAACGCCUGGUGAUUUCAUCUCCUUAUUACCGAAUCUUCUUGACAAAUUCAGUAACGAAGAGCUUGAAUGUUUUCUAACAAUGAAUAGCAAAUGGGCAAAGCUCGUCCGUGGCAUGUGCAAAGACCAUUACGCCAUCUUUUAUGCAAAUAAUCUAGAAGGUACCUUCAAAUGCGUUUUGAGAAGAUUGGGUGCACAGGCUGUCGAACAACUCAUCUUCUGCGACAACGGUCAACUGGUCGAAUGGAUCGCGUUAGGAGGUUACACACAAAUCUUGGACGUCAUGUUAGCUGCUUUACCUGCAGCGGCCCGAGAACAGAUAGAAGAACGCCAAGCGAAUAACGAACAUCAAAAAAUGUUUGAUAAAUUCCUAUCUGCAAUACCGAUGGACUGGAACGAACAUCAACGUCGCUAUCGCCAUAUGGUCCCGGUAACAAGGUUUUGCCUACUUUACGGUAGUAAAGAACAACUGUCUGAAUUUGCCAAUUCCGCCACCUCUGUCUAUUGUAUCCAAGAAAAGAAAUUUAGUAUUUGGAAUACCUUCGCUAACGCUCUUUUUACCAGAGAAGCUGAGCGUAAUAAAAACAGAGAAGCAUUCGUGGAAAAUAUGGCGAAGAUACUGGACGCAGAAGCCAUCAAAAUACUUUUGCUUCACGAUAUUGGUAAAGGCGCCUUCCUCGUUCGUCUGAUGCUUUGGGAAGGUACUCGAACCGUCUGGGCCGUGUUAGAUCUUCUACCAGCAGAUUUGCGAGAGUUGCUGGACAUCUACAUGAAAGAUAACGGGCCUGACAUUGUUCAAAAGAUAUUUUUUUCGAGCGCAACGGAAAAAUUGAUAGCGAAAAUGCGUAAACAGGGCCGGAAUUAUUCGAUAAAUAUUUUGCAAUUUUACCUGGAUUAUGGAAACGAAAAGCAAUUAGCGCUCUUUAUGGAUACUAUCACAGCCAGCCAUUGGAAUGGAAGCACCAAACGUAGUGCAUGGGGUACCGCAAGUCUACUCAGAUCUAGAGUUGAAAAUGCUUUAAGCGUCUUCCUCAGAUGCGUAGCGGAGAAGCUGGGCAAGGACGCCGUGAAAAAGUUGGUGUUGCACAAGGACAAAGAUGAUCUAAGCAUCGCCAUAGUUUACGCGUUGCGCAAGAACUGCCUGGAUAUAUACACUACCAUGCUUACCCUUUUGGAUGAUGAAGGCCGCAAUGAAGCUAUUCGAUUGGUCGAUUAUCUUCUAUCCAAUGCAGAUAUCAAACGAUAUGGUGGAACAUUAACAAAAAAUUGGGGCAAGGUAAAAAAAAGGAUGAACGUGGAAGAAAACGAAGCAUCCCUGCGUGAAAAUGAAAUUUGAGAGAAACUUUUCGUAUUUUCAUCUUUUGUUAACUCUUUAAUGUGCAUGCAACAAUGCAAUAUGUAACCAAAUAUAUGAACCACUGCCCUUGUCCGCUUUUAUAUAAUUUGAUUAUGGAUAAAUGCAAUUAUAGUCAAUAAAGAUUACAUAACUCACCGAGAGUGUCACGUACUGCAAGGGAGACAUUCCAUUAGCAGAAAUAAAUUAACAAUGACGCUAGAAACGAAGCAAGUUCGGUUGGGUAACGAGCAAAGUUCCCUGUCGUAACGAAACGGAACUGGGCCUCACCUUUAGAUCACAGCACAGAAGAACUACACAUUCUGGAACCUUUACUGCAUCACGACUGGUAAGAAAACAAAAAUAAUAAAAGAUAUGCACAUUUUCAAUGCCGACGAAAGGCAACAGGUAAGGGGUUGGAUGCAACGUGUGGGGGAGGUGACAUUUUAAGAAGAAUCGCAGCCAAGAUUGUGAUGAAUGGUAACAAUAUUUGUAACCUAUACCCCAGUGUUUUUUUUUUUCAAGGGUGAACACAAAUUUGUUAAGACAAAUCUAAAUAAAAUUUUAUUUUAUUUGCAACUCAAUCGCCUAAGGACGUCAAAGUCGUCACCUUUUCUCGCCUCUGCCUUCCCAUUUUCAGUUCGGCCGCCUUUCAAGGUUUGUUUCGUACUGAGGCGGGGACGGAUAAAUCCAUGAUGGACGCCGUUUGCGGACCCCUCCUCCAACAACAAACCUUUGAAAGCCUGCGAAUUCACCAAACUAUUUCAGUGUCGUAGUGAUGUCGUGUGGUAUUGUGUCGUACCCAUCAGGUAAUAAUUGUCUUUGAACGUUCGUUUUCACGGUCAUAUUUAUUAAUACAAAUCUCGACUAUAA